GACAAACCAUUCAUUGUACUGUGUUCUCAAUGCACUGCAUUCCUUGGGAUGCGUGCUUUUAAUUAUGAUGUUGCUAUUGGAAGUAGAUGGCUCUUAUUUCUGUUUACAGCAAUACAGCCAGGGAAAUGGUUCCACAAAUGCUUCACCAGACACACUAAAGCAAUGAGUUCUGCUUUCAGCAUGAGCUUUACGGUUGGUUUCACAGACCCCAUUAGCACUUACCUAAAGUAACAUCGCUCAGGGAUCCGUGCUAAUCGGGGUCUGUGAAACCAGCCAUUUUAUUGUUCUCAAGUGCUUUUUGGAAAUCUAAUAAGUGUUUGUUAUUGUUAGGGUUUUCAUAACUGCCCACAGAUUAGUGUUAAAAAAAAUCAAUUAAAAAAAAAAGGUAAGUUAUGUAGUUUAACUGUAGAUUGAGUAAUAUAACCAAUCCAAUGUAUACAUUUGUAAAAAAAUAUUUAAAAAAUAAUAAAUUUGCGGAAAACAAUAACGUUGUGUAUUGUUUUGGGUUAAAUGAAAAUUAAUCCAGUAAAUACUUUUAAGUGAAUUAAAAGUAUAACACAUUUCCAUUAUGUAACCAACCAUCUUUGAGGAUAUUAACCCAGAACAGCCAGCGAGGCCCAACAGUAGAUACACACUAGCUGAGGAAUAAGUAAUAAGUAAGCUUCACCUUGCUGUUUUAUGCCCUGCCCCCAUUGCAUACUUGUCCAGAUUACCAAAGUUUAUUGUGCCAGUGCAAGGUUUGUGGCUGUUAAUGUGUUGCUUCACAUAAGGAGCUUUAAAGCGCUGUGAUCAGGUGAAAUAUUGCCGGUUCUGUGUUCUUCGCUUUGUCUGCACCUGGGCGGCAUCUUUUUAACUCCGCACCCAAAGCCAAUUCUGCACAGCACCUGCGCCCGGUAUUGAGUGUGCAGCCAGAUCGGGUGCGUCAAGUUUUACUCGGCGAGAAGUUUUUAUAUGUUUUAUAAAGAAGCUGAAAAAUGCCACCAAAAACUGACUAUAUUGAAGGACAUCGGCAGUUAAUAAACAAAGGCGAAGAAAACGAAAUGGAAGUGUUUGGCUAUAAAACGCAGAGCUGCCGCCAGGCCCUGUGCAUUAUGGGAGGCUUGCUGACCUGCGGCUUCCUGUUCCUGCUGCUGUACUGGAAGCCUGAGUGGAACGUGUGGACCAACUGCGCCCCCUGCUGUUUGGAGCAGGCUGACGUGGUGCUGCUCCGAACCACUGAUGAUUUUCGAAGCUACAGGCGUAAGGCAGUGCUGUGGGUGAGCCUGGCUGCUGGGAGCCGUGAGGGGUCAGGAGGUCACAGUGAGGCCCCUAUUCUGUCUGCCCAGAUGCAUCUCCUCAAAAAAACCAUUGUGACCCCCGAGCUAAAGUUUCGCUUUAUCCAGGUUCAGAUGGUGAAGUAUAUCUGGGACCUGACAGGCAAACAGUUUGUCAGAGUGCAGGGGCUAGAUGACAGCUUGUCCGGCCGGGACAUCCACUCCUUGUUUGGGGAGGGGUUGUCACAAGAGGAGCAGGAGGUCAGGCGGAUAAUUGUGGGGCCCAACACCAUUGAUAUUGACAUGCCACCCAUCUGGAAGCUGCUGUUUAAAGAGGUGCUGAACCCGUUCUAUGUGUUCCAGGUGUUCUCUGUGAUCCUGUGGUUCACGGAGCAGUAUGCCGAGUACGCCCUCACUAUUGUAAUCAUGUCUUUCGUCUCCUUAGCGCUGUCUGUGUACCAUGUGAGGCAGCAAUCUCUGAAGCUGCACGGCCUGGUUGCCUCUCACAACAACACGCUCGUCACUGUCUGCCGGAAGGAUGGAGGCUGGGAGGAGGUGCUGUCCAGUCAGCUCGUACCCGGGGACAUGUUCCAGAUCUCAGGGAGCAAACAGAUUGUGCCGUGCGACGCCAUUCUGCUGUCAGGGGGCUGUGUCGUCAACGAGAGCAUGCUGACAGGGGAGAGUAUCCCGGUGGUGAAGUUGGCCCUGUCUCAGCUGGAGAGCCCAGGCCCCUGGAUGUGCGGCGGCCCUGACAGUUAUAAGCGGCACAUCCUGUUCUGUGGGACUCAGGUGAUCCAGACCAGGGCGGAUGAGCAGGGAGUGGUCAGAGCAGUGGUGCUGCAGACCGGGUUCAACACUGCCAAGGGAGAGUUGGUGCGCUCCAUCAUGUACCCCAAACCCACCGACUUCAAACUGUACCGGGACGCCUCCCAAUUCCUCAUGUUCCUGAUCAGCACCGCGCUCCUUGGGAUGGUCUACUCCUUGUGUGUGUGGAGCCUCAACGGGGAGCCUGCAGGCCAGGUGAUCAGUAAGGCUCUGGAUGUGAUCACCAUCGCGGUGCCCCCCGCCCUGCCCGCUGCCCUGACAGUGGGGAUUCUCUACGCUCAGAGGCGGCUGAGCCACAGCGGCGUGUUCUGUAUCAGCCCCAAGAGGAUCAACAUGUGCGGACAGAUGAACCUUGUGUGCUUUGACAAGACAGGCACUCUCACGGAGGAUGGACUGGAUCUGUGGGGUCUCAGCUUGGCAAAGGGCAGCAGUUUUGCUCCGGUGUUCCAGUUCAGCCCUGGCGUUGUCCUCCCCUGGGGUCCCAGCUUCGUUGCCAUGGUGACCUGUCACUCCCUGAUCCUCAUUGACGGGGUGCCGCAGGGGGACCCUCUUGAGCUCAAGAUGUUCGAGGCGACGGGCUGGGUGGUGGAUGAAGAUGCUGAGAGAGGGACCCAGAGCGUGCUGAUGAAGCCCGGACCCCAAGCCAACAAGGCUCCAGUGGCUGGGGUCCUGGUGCUGCAGCAGUUCCCCUUCUCCUCAGGCCUGCAGAGGAUGUCUGUGGUGACCCAAGAGCUUGGCAGUGACAAGCUGGUGGUGUACCUGAAGGGGGCGCCAGAGAGAGUGGCCAGUCUGUGCAGACCGGAGACAGUCCCUGCCUCCUUCCCUGCCCACCUCUCUCUCUACACACAGCAGGGCUUUCGGGUCAUUGGCAUGGCGUACAGGUCACUGGGGCCAGUGGGGGACCUCUCCAGCAUAUCCAGGGAGGCUGUGGAGUCAGAGCUGACCUUCCUGGGCCUGCUGAUCCUGGAGAACCGACCCAAACCAGAGACCAGACCGGUCCUGCAGGAGCUGAGCAGCGCACGCAUCCGCAGCGUCAUGGUGACAGGCGAUAAUCUGGAGACGGCAGUGACUGUCGCUAACAAUUCUGGAAUGGUUCAGAAGACAAGUCGAGUUAUCCAGGUGGAGGCAGCCCCGCCCUCGGGGUCAAACCCCACCUCUGUGACCUGGAUACUCCUGGAGGAGCUCAAACACAACUGCAGCACCAUUGACUCCUGUGUUAUUACGGAGCUGGAUCAGAACUGUAGUGAUUACCAUUUCGUCAUGACGGGGAAAACCUACGAUGCGAUCCUGCGACACUUCCACAGCCUGCUGCCCAAGCUGCUGCUCAAUGGCACGGUGUUCGCUCGCAUGUCUCCUGGACAGAAGACCAGCCUGGUGGAGGAGUUCCAGAGACUUGAGUUCGUUGUGGGGAUGUGCGGCGAUGGGGCCAACGAUUGCGGGGCCCUGAAAAUGGCCCAUGCUGGGAUCUCGCUAUCAGAACAGGAUGCGUCGGUGGCAUCCCCAUUUACCUCCAAAGUCCCCAACAUCGAGUGUGUGCCCCUGCUCAUCAGAGAAGGCCGUGCAGCCCUGGUCACCUCGUACUGUAUGUUCAAAUACAUGGCUCUGUACAGCAUGAUCCAGUACCUGGGUGUGCUGCUGCUGUACUGGCAACUAAACAGCUUUGGAAAUUACCAGUUUCUGUUUGAAGAUCUCGCCAUUAACACAGUAAUUGGAUUCACAAUGAAUCUGAACCAUGCCCACCCCAAGCUGGCGCCCCGGUGGCCCCCUGCCCAGCUCAUGUCACCUCCGAUGCUGCUGUCCGUGGUGCUGAAUGUCAUCCUCAGCCUGGCUCUGCAAACAGCUGGCUUCCUCGCGGUGCAGCAGCAGGCCUGGUACCUGCCCAAUGAUAUCUACAGUGCCUGCGCCCCUGGGAAUGCCAGCUCCAGUGCAGGGAAUGGGACUCACAACUCCACCCUCAGCGUUCCCGUGCCGGACCCCGGGUUCAAGAGCUAUGAGAACACCACCGUCUGGCUGCUGUCCCUCUUCAGCUGCAUCACAGUGGCCUUCAUCUUCUCCAGGGGGAAGCCCUUCCGCAAGGCAAUCUACACCAACUAUCUCUUUGUGUUGGUGCUGCUGUCUCAGUUAGCCGUCUGUCUCUUCUUCCUCUUCGCAGACGUCCCCGGGCUCUAUCAGUUCAUGGACUUGGUGUGCACCCCGACCGCGUGGCGACUUCACAUCCUGGUCAUGCUGCUUGUCUACUUUGUUGUUGCUUUGGCAAUCGAGGAGUUCAUCAUUGAGAACAGGACCCUGUGGCGGUGGCUGAGGCGCUGUGCGGGGGUGCAGUCUCAAAGCUGCUACAGGAAGCUGCAGAGAGUGCUGGAGAAAGAGGCAGGCUGGCCCCCCCUCUCAGGCACACAGUACGCCGGGUGCAGCAUGGCCUUUGACAACACGGCCUUUGAGGAGCACAGGGAAACUGGACACUGACAUGCACUGCAGCACCAGUGCAUGUCAGUGUCCAGUUUCAGAUCAGCACCUCGCACGCAGUUAAUGCAGUGGCAGUGUGACAUGUAUUGUAUCUGUUUGUAAAUACAUUCUUUUGCACAAAAGAAGAACCAGCUUCCUAACAUUCGGGGGCAAUUUCCAUACCCGUGCAGUGAAUAUAAAACACAUGAUUUAGGUAAUUCUAUUCAGACACUGGGCAAUGUUAAAUCAAGCAGUCGCCUCAGCACUCCCUCUUAGAUUUAGGUGAACUAUGCAUUACAGCUGGACACGGGUACAUAUGAAGGACUAGUAUCAGUCUAGUGCAGUCGAUUGUUUCUCUUUGUAAAACAGCAGUAAAAUUGUUUAGUUUUCCUGUAUGUUCUGUGUGCAAUUCUACUUGCAACUCCCCUACAAAAUAAAACUUGAUUAGAACUGAGAAAUGUCUCCCUAUACAGUGUGUGUGAGAGAGAGAGAGAGAGAGAGAGGUCAUCAAAAGUUUGCAUACCCCAAUGUGUGGAAAAAUACAUAUGCUGGGGAUUUAAACUGUUGAAGACAACUUUGUUGUCAACACUUUGUGCUUAAGCAUUUGUUUAUUUCUUUCUAAAUAAAACCCGAUUUCUACCUGAAUAUUUAUUCUUUCUUGGUUAUAUAUAAAAAAAAUCCAACAGAUUUUUUCAUUAAAUAAUUCUACCCGAUUUUUAAAAAAGUACUCACCUGAAUUUGGAAAAAAAUUUCACCCGAAAAUCAGACGCCCUAGGUAUCAGUUAUACUUUUUACAAUUCAUAGCA